AUAAUGGAAUGUUAAAAAAAUCAAAUUAUAUGUGUAGGCAAAUCAGAGUGUGACUUUGUCUUAAUUUGUGAUUUGUAGAUAAUCUUGUGGUUAAAAAUGGAUGCUACAACUAGUGGAACUCCGGGAUUACAGUAUCUUAACUUACCGGAGCAAUCGGUUUCGACUGCUUCUCCUCCUGUGUCACCAUUUCAGAGGCCAAAACGACAUUGCUUUGGUGACUCAACUCCUGGAGAGUUUCCUUUAGCAGCUAAUCCGUCCAUUGUCCUUCAUGUUCUCACUGAAUGUAGAUUGGAUCCUCGUGACCUCGCUAAUCUCGAGGCAACAUGCUCGUUCUUUAGCCAGCCAGCAAACUUUGCCCCGGACAUUAAUCUAUCACUAUCGGAGCUCGCUGCUCUCGACAUGUGUAAUAAAAGGGUGAUUUUCAAGCCGAUGAAUGAAGAAGAACGUCAAGAGAUGAAACGUAGAUGCGGUGGAUCGUGGAAAUUAGUCCUUCGGUUUUUGCUGGCUGGUGAAGCGUGUUGUCGAAGAGAGAAAUCUCAAGCAGUUGCUGGUCCCGGUCAUAGUAUCGCAGUCACAUCAAAAGGCGAAGUUUAUACUUUCGGAUAUAAUAACUCCGGACAGCUAGGACAUGGUCAUACCGAGGAACAAGCUCGAAUUCAACCUGUUAGAUCAUUGCAGGGAAUUCGAAUCAUCCAAGCAGCUGCUGGUGCUGCUCGGACAAUGCUAAUAAGCGAUGAUGGAAAAGUUUAUGCGUGCGGAAAAGAAUCCUUCGGGGAAGCUGAAUACGGAGGGCAAGGGACUAAACCAGUUACAACUCCUCAGCUUGUAACAUCUUUAAAGAACAUAUUCGUUGUGCAAGCGGCUAUUGGGAAUUACUUUACCGCUGUUCUCUCCCGAGAAGGAAAGGUUUAUACAUUCUCGUGGGGCAACGACGGUAGACUAGGACACCAAACCGAGGCCGCAGAUGUCGAGCCCCGUCCUUUGUUAGGACCACUCGAGAAUGUACCCGUUGUGCAGAUUGCUGCUGGUUAUUGCUACCUUCUUGCCUUAGCUUGUCAACCAAAUGGCAUGUCUGUUUACUCGGUUGGGUGCGGUUUGGGAGGCAAACUUGGUCAUGGCUCAAGAACGGAUGAGAAGUAUCCUCGGGUUAUCGAGCAGUUUAAGAUAUUGAAUCUUCAACCUAGGGUAGUUGCAGCGGGUGCUUGGCAUGCCGCGGUGGUCGGUCAGGACGGAAGAGUGUGCACUUGGGGUUGGGGUAGAUACGGAUGUUUAGGACACGGUAACGAGGAGUGUGAAUCAGUCCCUAAGGUUGUAGAAGGGUUAAGCCAUGUCAAGGCGGUUCAUGUCGCAACAGGCGAUUACACUACUUUUGUGGUCUCAGACGAUGGUGAUGUUUACUCGUUUGGUUGCGGCGAAUCCGCUAGUCUCGGUCACCAUCCAUCCUUUGAUGAACAGGGUAAUCGACAUGCAAACGUGCUAAGUCCAGCGGUAGUAACAUCGCUGAAACAAGCGAACGAGCGGAUGGUUCAGAUUAGUCUAACGAACUCCAUAUAUUGGAACGCCCAUACGUUUGCGCUCACGGAAUCGGGGAAGCUAUUCGCUUUUGGUGCAGGCGAUCAGGGUCAGCUUGGAGCAGAACUUGCUAUCUCCGCCGUGAUUGUAUCAGCUGCUGAUAAUGAUAAACCACCGUCAACCACCACCGCCUCAGCUCCCACCGCUACAACUCCAACCGAUGGCAUCGGAGGUGAUGUAGCAGAAGGUCCAGCUGAUGACAAUGCUAUAGGAACAACUGACAACGACGAUGCAGCUGUUACUCCAGAUGAUGCUGCCGGAGAUGAUGAAGUGGCUGUCGCCGGACCUAUUGGAAGCGAUUCUUCGUACGCUAACUAUCCGCCACCUCAACAAGAAGCUUCCGGAAGCGGUGCCACCGUAGCUUUUGGCUUUGUCUCUGUUGUUGGUGCAAUGGCUGGAUCGCUCUUCUUUUUCUAGAGCUGUGAUCGGCGCGUGAAAAUAAUAUUUUGUAAUGAAUGUUUGAAAUAUUU